AUGCAAAUAUUCACAUUGAAUCCCUUGGAUCCUUCGGAAGCUGGAAUGGAAGGAAGGGCAUCUCGUCUGGAAUCUCCUCAUCGAGUGGUGGAUCGCGUCUUUGCUGUUCUCGAUCGAUUCCGAAGUCGUUGUCCAGGAGCUGCUGAAAACGAUUUGUUAAAACUGAGCCGAGAUAAUCGAUUACACUUACUCUGCCGUCUCCCCAAGGCCCGCCCACAUGAGCUCUCACGACCAUCGGAUGGAUCCCUGAACGAUGGCGUCUUCUCAAUUCCUGGAGUUGGUGCUCCGCCUGUCUUUGUGCCUCCGCGACAUCAGCAGCGAAUUGGGCGUCCACUUUGUUGGCUUCGAUCUCCAUCAGAAUCGCCACUUCACCUCCAACAUCAUCCUCCAACUCCAUCAGUCCAUCAUUGA